CAAGGCAGAGCAGAGCAGGAGCAAGGGGAGGAAGGGAAAGGCGAAUUGCAGGCUCUCUCUGAGCAACCAUUUCAGACUGAAAGAGGAAAAGGGGAAGCCUGCCCUGACAAAGCCAGCUGGAGGUGGGAGAGUCUGAAUACGACACACGCAGACACACUUCUGCACACACUGCCUUUGUCUCUGGUUUUUUUUUUCUCAAUUGAAGGAGCAGAUGGUUAGAGGGAGAGUAGGAUCCCCCCCCUAUGCACACACACACACACACACACACACACACACACACACACACACACAAACACAAGCACUAACUGACACACAAAACCCACGCUCACCAGCAAAACACCAAUCCCAGCUAGAGGACUGUUGUUGACUGCAUGGAGCUGUCCUCACUUUGUUUGGGCUUUGAGGAAAGCAGCACAUCUUUGCCUUCUAUACUGAAGAGGAAUACCCGCUGCAAGAUCAGAGGACUGGAGGAGGAGACAACAGAGGAGUGGGGGAUGAGACUUGUGAAAAUCCUCUGUUAAAAAAAGCAGCUUUGGGAGGAAGACAAAGCGCAGACUAAUGCCAGAUAAUUACCUCCAUUGGACGAGGACUGUCAUUUUGAGCAGUGGAUGUCAUUGAAUUUGGUGAGGGGACGACACUGCAGACGCAAAGUAUAGAGGCCCAAUUCUGCUGGAAAUGAGCACAUGAGGUCUUCGCUGCCGUUCCAAACCCCAGUCCCAAAUCUCCCAAUCCUUACACGGAGUGGUUAAUCCAGAUUUGGGAAUGCUGGGAAGCACAGACUGCUGAGAUUUGUGGAAUCUGAGCAAAUCUGAAAAUCUUGAUGGUUGUUUUCUGAGCGGCUGACACAACCCAACAAAAGAGCCAUCCAGCUCAGAGGGACUCAGUCCAGGCUCCAAACAGUUUCAGUGUCUGUAGCUUCGGCCCACGAGCUUGGCUCCUCUCCAGCCUUCUCCUGACACGGCCCGGAUUUACUGCUGCUGCUCUGGGAGUCAAAUUUCAUGCAACCAUUCCAAUGGUGUAACGGAUGCCUGUGUGGUUUGGGUUCUCAGCGCUCUGAACACUACUGCAGCAUGACGUCCGACAUCUAUCACCUCCCGCUCAAUGUGUAUGUCAUUGUGCUGGGCAUCGGCCUCUUCGUCUUCAUGCUCAGCCUCAUCUUCUGCUGCUACCUUUUCAGGUUGAAACAACAAGGAACAAGGGAGCAGUUCAGCUACAAUGAGGUGGUGCUGAAGGGAGCAAGCAAGAAACUGAGCCUUUUAGGACAAACCUGUGCGGUGUGUCUGGAAGAAUUCAGGACCAGAGAUGAACUGGGAGUGUGCCCAUGUUCACAUGCAUUUCACAAGAAGUGCCUGCUUAAGUGGCUGGAGAUCCGCAGCGUGUGCCCCAUGUGUAACAAACCCAUCCUCCGGCUCCACACAGACGCUCCCCAGGGCGCUGAGGGUCCGAUGGAUCCGGAGGAGGUGUGAGGGAGCUGGGAGAGACGAAACCGGACUCCCCUUACAGAAAACACACACAUUAAAUACACUAGGGGGUGAUGGGCAGCGGUCAUCUUAAAAACAUCUCACAAGAAAUGUUGAUAGUGAUCCCAAGUGGCUGCCCUGCUGCUGACCUUUGAGCAAUAUGCCUUUAUGGGAAUUGGAUAUUGACAGCACCAAAACAUGAUUUGGUCAGAUCAGUUAGGGAGUGGGUGGAUGAAUAGGAUCUUUUCAUUUAAAAAAAAGUGCUCCUAGUUCUACUUCCAUAGUGCACUUUUCACCCAAAAACAUGUCAGGCAAAAGGAGCCACAUUAGCGAGCAGGAUAUCAUUGCCACUGUCACCAGAUGACUAGUGCAGCACUGCCAGAGACAAAAAACACGACAGGCAUUGAGAAGGACAUCAGGAUCAGUAUGGAUACCUCUAAUAUCUCAGGGGUGUUACCAAUACAGCCAGCACAAACCAUGUCAGUUACCCUAUAACCCUAUAACCCUGUGCCACACAUGCAUCUUCAAUACUGCCAACGUAGGUGAAACGCUCCAGCAGUCAGAGGUUAGCCACAACCUCCAGCUGAAACCAAGACCAGCGGGAUUACAACCAUGACGAGUUAAGUAGACAAUAUUGUUACAGAUUGUGUCCCAUGCCCUUUCCUUUUAAAAAGAGACUGAUAGAAAACUAGUCUUGCCUGUAUGUAUUGUAUGUAAACAUGUCCCUCUAUAUAUUGUUAUUUUGUAUUUGUUGCUUUUAAAUAAAACGUCACGUAAUGUA